AUGGCUGGGCCUCUGCAGCAGCUAGUCAAGCGGCGGGCGUACAGAGAAAGGAGACAGGCUGAAGGGAGAGAGCAGCGUGUAGGGAUAUUAGAGAAGAAGAGAGACUGGCAGCAGCGAGCAAGAAGAUAUAAGCAGCAGCAGCAGCUGCUGCUGCACUUAGCAGAGAAAGCAAGAACAGCAAACCCUAAUGAGUUUAGCUGCAGCAUGCUGAGAGCGCAGCAAGUUGAGAGAGUAGGAAAAAGCAAAGCAAAAGAUAAUGCAGGGCUUGUGCUGCUAGCACAGAGUGAUGCUGCUGCUGCUGUUGCUGCUGCUCCGACCCCAAGAGCUGCUGCUGCUGCUGCUGCUACUGCUUUCAAGCUGCAGGCCCGCAACGCCCUCGUCUCCAGCCGCAGCAGCAAAAAACAAAAAGAGACAAGGAAGCAGCUGCUCCUGCUGCAGCAAAGGGCAACCACCACUGCUGCUGCGCUGCUGCAACUCAAGCAGCAAACACUGCAGCAAAAGAUCAGAAGUCUAGCAGCAACUGUUGGAAGCGGCUUCUCAAAAACAGCAGCAGCAAGGCAGCAGCACAUCAAUCUUUCAGACUCUGAGGCAGAGACAGAAGCAACCGAUGCCGAUGAAGACACGGAACAGCAGCAGCAGCAGCAGCAGCAGCAGCAGCAAGACCCAGCAGCAGCAGCAGAAACAUCAGAUGAGUCCGGCAGCGACUCAGACUGCCGCUGGAUGAAGCUGGCGAAGAAACCCAAGAAGCAACAACAGCGUGCAGCAGCAGCAGCAGCAGCAGAAGCAGCAGCAGGGGAGGAGAGCGAUGAAGGAAGCGCAGCAGAGAGCAGCAGAGACAGAGACGGGGGGCAGGAGACAUAUGAGAAGAUGCAGGCAGCACUGCAGCACGCCCAGAGGCUGAAGCAGCUGCAGCAGCAGCUGCAGCAGCACGUAGCCAACCAACAAAAAGGAAGAAGGAGACAGUUAGUGCUGCAGGGCCCUGAUGGACAGCGACGCAAGGAGACAAAAUGGUUUCAAGAACGAAAGAAAUAA